AUGUUUUUGUGCAAUAACAUUCAGGUCUCGUCUCACUCGGGGCCCUCGUCUCUCCAUGCUCGUCUCUUGUCGCCUUCCUCUCCUGUCACUCCGGAUCCGACCAUCCCUCUGCAAAUCGCCGCCAUGCUCAACGCGCUCGUCUCCUGGCCCACCACGCCCCUCACAGACUCGCUCGUUCGCGCCGCAAUCAAGCGCAUCGGGCUUCCUACGUCAUUCGUCGCGAUAGAAGAGGCAGCCGGCGUCCAACCUCUCCUCCAGUGGUCUACCUACGACGACAUCGACCAUGAGCGCACCCAUUUUGAUCGCACGACAGUCCUCGCGUCGAGCUACAUUUUUCGCAAGGCGCUCAUCCGCAAGCACUACCUCUCGCGUGGAAUACAGGCAUAUCUGAAGAAACGACCUGAUUCCAUUCUGGCAUCUGCAUGUCCGAGUACCUUUGAGGUCGAGAUCUCGUUCGCCGAUGAGCUUGACGAGAUGUGGACCGAUGAACUCUGGGAACUGGGCUAUAAACUUGACUCUUGUACCUCCUGGUGGAUCCUCAAGCCUGGGAUGGCCGAUCGAGGAAUGGGUAUCCGAAUUUUUCACACAAAAGAAGAACUGCAGCAGAUCUUCGAGUCCUUUGAGGACAGCGAUUCAGAGAAUGAAGAAGCCGAAAAUGACGGUCAAGAUGUUACGGCCGUAGUCAUUUCGCAGCUGCGCCAUUUUGUGAUACAGGACUAUAUCAAUACGCCUUUGCUCCUAGAUCCAUCUGAAACCACGGACAGGGAAAAAUCUACGGAAAAACUGAUAGGUCGUAAGUUCCACCUCCGCGCAUAUUGCGUGGCGGCAGGAGCCCUUCAGCUCUACCUCUAUAACCGCGUCCUCGCACUGUUCUCUUCCAUACCAUAUGAAGCGCUAUCAAUCAAUACUUCAGGAGACCACCUCGAUCUAAGAGCCCAUCUGACCAACACCUCCCUACAAACUGAACACGGAGAAAACAAUGUCAGAUUGUUGACCGAGCUCGAAGGCUGUCAUAUCCUCUCCGGAGAAGGUGGUAAUAUAUUUACAUUAUCGAGCAUCGAGAAACUUCUCUCUCAAAUGUCGGAAGUCCUUUCGGAAACCUUCAAGGCCUCCUUACAAAAUCCGGUGCACUUCCAGCCCCUUCCAAAUGCAUUCGAACUCUUUGGUGUUGAUUUCCUCGUCAGCCAUGAUCUCGCCAGCGCUACCGAUCCUUUCCAGGUCAAGAUCCUCGAAAUCAACGUGGAACCAGCAAUCGAGCUUACAGGACCACGACUUACCUGGAUAUUGGAAGAACUCUUCAUUUCCAUUGCUGAAGUCUGUGUUCGACCCUUCUUCCAACCUCCAAGUGAUGGCAAAGAGCCAAACUGGAAAGUUGGUGAAAUGCGACAUAACUUAUUGAAAUGCCUGGAUGAAAGUGUACAAGGACCGGCAAUGCAAUAG